GGAGGAGGAGGAGGAGGGAGCUCGGCGGUGCUGCGGGCGUAUCAGCCGGUGCUGGACUAUGGUGCGGCUCGGCGGGGGCUGACACGGCGGCACCCCGCCCGCCCUCCCUCCCUGCCGGCUGACAGGCACGUGUGGGAUGUGAGAGCUGCCCUCGCUGGAGGAGCAUGAGCUGUGCCCAGGCCGGCAUUGUCCAGAAUCUGUACCAAAACAGGUUCCUGGGCCUGGCAGCCAUGGCGUCUCCAUCUAGAAACUCACAAAAUCGACGCCGGUGCAAAGAGCCUCUCAGAUACAGCUAUAACCCUGACCAGUUCCAUAACAUGGACAUCAGGAACAAUUCCCAUGAGACAGUCACCAUUCCUAGGUCUACCAGUGACACAGACCUUGUCACUUCAGACAGCCGGUCCACCCUGAUGGUCAGCAGCUCCUACUACUCCAUUGGGCAUUCGCAGGACCUGGUGAUAUACUGGGAUAUAAAAGAGGAAGUGGAUGCAGGGGACUGGAUUGGCAUGUAUCUCAUAGAUGAGGUCUUGUCUGAAAACUUUCUGGACUACAAGAACCGUGGUGUCAAUGGCUCUCACCGUGGACAGAUUAUCUGGAAGAUUGAUGCCAGCUCUUACUUUGUGGAGCCUGAAACAAAGAUCUGCUUCAAGUACUACCAUGGUGUGAGUGGGGCCCUACGAGCCACAACUCCGAGUGUCACAGUGAAAAACAAUGCAGCUCCUAUUUUUAAAAGCAUCACCAAUGAAGACUCAAUCCAGGGACAAGGAAGUCGGAGACUGAUAAGUUUUUCGUUGUCAGAUUUCCAGGCCUUUGGUCUGAAGAAAGGAAUGUUCUUUAAUCCAGAUCCUUAUCUGAAGAUUUCCAUCCAGCCUGGAAAACAUAGCAUCUUCCCAGCACUUCCUCAUCAUGGACAGGAGAAAAGAUCUAAGAUCAUGUGUAAUACCGUCAACCCGAUCUGGCAAGGAGAGCAAUUCAGCUUUGUCUCCCUGCCCACGGACGUCCUGGAAAUAGAAGUUAAAGACAAAUUUGCAAAGAGCCGACCAAUCAUCAAACGUUUUCUGGGAAAACUUUCUAUGCCGGUUCAGCGCCUCUUGGAAAGACAUGCCAUAGGGGACAGAGUUGUAAGCUACACUCUGGGUCGCAGGCUUCCUACAGAUCAUGUCAGUGGCCAGCUGCAGUUCCGAUUUGAAAUAACUUCUUCCAUCCAUCCAGGUAACUCUCAAUGAUGAGAGGUCUCCAUUAGUGCAGAUCCUGAGCCAGCUGACCUCCAGGAAAGCCCUGUGAACAAUCCCACAGAGGAAACCUGUGAGCCUCCAUGCAUCAACACAGUGACCUCAGAAAGUGCAGCUCCAGAACAGCUAAAUGGAUACAGUGUGACCAGUGUCGAUAGCCCAGGGGCUGUCAAACCACCUGGGGAAGUCAACCAGAACAGCUUAAAUGAAGAGCUAGCAGGAGAUGGGGAGGUUGAUGCGGUGCCAGUUCCUGAGCCUUGGAAUCCUCCAGGAGAAAUGCUUUCUUCUUUGAGUGCUACGGACCUCACAGAGCAGCCAACUCUGCUGGCUUGCAUGUCUCCUCCUGAGACUGAAGUUAGGGAAAAUAACAAAGUCAAUUCUGGUAUUCAGGGAGAUGGUGGAGUGACCAGCAUAGAAACAUUAGAUAUUGGUGAGGUGAGUGCAGAUGUGCAUGCUGGCAAGGACUUAGAGAAGAGUCAGGAAGAAGAUGAAGGGGCUUCAGCCCAGGAGGAGGAAGACAACAAGCUACAACUGAGGACCAGCAAGAGGAAAAACAGGCCGUUCCUGCCUGUGUCUGAACUUGAGACAGUCAUAGCUUCAGCCUGCGGUGAGCCAGAGACCCCUCGCACACACUACAUACGGAUCCACAACCUACUCCACAGCCUGCCCUCGGCACAGAUGAGCAGUGAUGGGGAAGAAGAACAAGAUGGUGCAAUGGCAGGGGAGAACGAUGAGGAAUCUACAGUCAAGGAGGUGUUGGAUAAGGAGGUGGUCAGUGAGAGUGAGACCGUGGCAGCAGAGCCUCCUCGAAAUGAGGCUGAAGAGAACUUCAGCCAGAGAACAGUGCCUCCUGAGACCUUGGAUGAGCAACUCUCCGACUUAAAUGAGGUGUUGGAUGGGGAGCCCCCAGGACAGGAAGCGAGAGCGAGGUCAAGCUCCAGGCCCAAUGGUGACAACGAGUGCGAAGCGUGCGACACCUCUUGCUACAGCCCCUCUUGCUACAGCACUUCCUGCUACAGCACUUCCUGCUACAGCACUUCUUGCUACAGCACCUCGUGUUAUGACAGUAACAAUCGCUUCUCCAGCCAUACGCGCUUCUCCUCCGUCGACAGCGCAAAGAUUUCUGAGAGCACAGUCUUUUUCCAGGAUGAUGAUGAGGAGGAGAACAGUGCUUUUGAGUCAGUGCCAGAUUCAGUGCAGAGCCCUGAGCUGGACAGGGAGCAAGUGGAUGGCUCCUCCCAGUGGCCAGAUGAACUAGUAGCUCAUGCUGGGAAUCCACAAAGAGCCACAGAGGGUCUAGACACCCCAAUAGCAGGUCCAAGCAGCAGAAGAGAAGGUGAUUGUCCUUUACUCCAUAAUUCUCCAGUCAGCCAGCUUCCUUCUCUGAGGCCUGACCAUCAUCACUACCCAACUAUCGAUGAGCCUCUUCCACCAAAUUGGGAAGCUCGGAUAGACAGCCACGGGAGGGUAUUCUACGUUGAUCAUGUCAACCGAACCACCACGUGGCAGCGCCCCACAGCCGCGGCAACGCCGGAUGGGAUCCACAGGUCUGGCUCCAUCCAGCAAAUGGAGCAGCUGAACCGGCGAUACCAAAACAUCCAGCGAACAAUCGCAACAGAGCGGACUGACGAUGAUGCUGUGGUAAACAACAGGGUGGAGAGAGUUCCCACUGGAGGAGGAAGUGACUCUGAGGCAGAGCCUUCUCAGCCAAGCUCAGAGAUUAGGAGGGAAGGUUCCCUUUCUCCUGUGAAUUCUCAGAAAAUCACCUUGUUGCUGCAGUCUCCAGCUGUGAAGUUCAUCACCAAUCCUGAGUUCUUCACUGUGCUGCAUGCAAACUAUAGUGCCUAUCGGGUCUUCACUAACAGUACCUGCUUGAAGCAUAUGAUUCUGAAGAUUCGUAGAGAUGCUCGUAAUUUUGAGCGGUAUCAGCACAACAGAGACCUGGUAAAUUUUAUCAACAUGUUUGCUGAUACCCGACUGGAGCUUCCUCGUGGCUGGGAGAUAAAAACUGACCAGCAGGGCAAGUCUUUCUUCGUUGACCACAAUAGCCGUGCUACCACCUUCAUAGAUCCCAGGAUUCCGCUGCAGAAUGGUCGUCUCCCUAAUCACCUGACUCACAGGCAACAUCUUCAGCGACUUCGUAGCUACAGCGCUGGAGAGGCCUCUGAAGUCUCUCGAAACAGAGGAGUCACCCUGUUGGCCAGACCAGGCAAUAGUCUUGUAACAGCUAUUCGAAACCAGCACCAUCACGAGGCAUUACCUCUGGCUUACAAUGACAAGAUUGUUGCAUUUUUACGCCAACCCAACAUUUUUGAGAUGCUGCAGGAGCGACAGCCCAGCUUGGCCAGAAACCAUGCACUCAGGGAGAAGAUCCAUUACAUUCGGACAGAGGGUACACAUGGGCUUGAAAAAUUGUCCUGUGAUGCAGAUUUAGUAAUUCUGCUGAGCCUUUUUGAAGAGGAUAUUAUGUCCUACAUACCACUGCAGGCUGCCUUCCAUCCUGGUUACAGUUUCUCUCCUCGCUGCUCACCCUGUUCAUCACCCCAAAAUUCCCCAGGGCUGCAGAGAGCAAGUGCAAGAGCACCUUCUCCAUACAGGAGGGACUUUGAAGCCAAGCUGCGCAAUUUCUAUCGAAAACUUGAAGCCAAAGGGUAUGGGCAAGGUCCAGGUAAAAUUAAGUUAAUUAUACGGCGUGACCACUUGCUGGAAGGCACCUUCAACCAGGUAAUGGCAUAUUCACGCAAGGAGCUCCAGCGGAACAAACUCUACGUCACGUUUGUUGGCGAGGAAGGGUUGGACUACAGUGGCCCCUCCCGAGAAUUCUUCUUCCUUCUGUCUCAGGAGCUCUUCAAUCCUUAUUAUGGGCUGUUUGAGUAUUCAGCCAAUGACACUUACACUGUACAGAUCAGCCCCAUGUCUGCCUUUGUUGAAAAUCACCUGGAAUGGUUCAGGUUCAGCGGUCGUAUUCUUGGCCUUGCUCUCAUUCAUCAGUACCUUCUUGAUGCUUUCUUCACAAGGCCGUUCUACAAAGCACUACUAAGGCUGCCAUGUGAUUUAAGUGACUUAGAGUACCUGGAUGAAGAGUUCCAUCAGAGCUUGCAGUGGAUGAAGGAUAACAACAUCACAGAUAUCCUGGAUUUAACCUUCACAGUGAACGAGGAGGUGUUUGGACAGGUGACAGAGAGAGAGUUGAAAUCUGGAGGGGCAAAUACAGCAGUGACAGAAAAGAACAAAAAAGAGUACAUCGAGAGAAUGGUGAAGUGGCGAGUGGAACGAGGAGUGGUUCAGCAAACAGAGGCCCUGGUCCGUGGCUUCUAUGAAGUUGUAGACUCCAGGCUCGUCUCUGUUUUUGAUGCCAGAGAACUGGAACUGGUUAUAGCUGGCACUGCAGAAAUAGAUCUCAAUGACUGGCGGAACAACACAGAAUAUCGUGGAGGUUACCAUGAUGGACACAUAGUAAUACGGUGGUUCUGGGCAGCAGUGGAGAGGUUUAACAAUGAGCAGAGGCUCCGGCUGUUACAGUUCGUCACAGGAACAUCCAGCGUGCCAUACGAGGGCUUUGCUGCUCUCCGAGGAAGCAACGGGCUACGGCGCUUCUGUAUAGAGAAGUGGGGGAAAAUAACCUCCCUCCCAAGGGCACAUACAUGUUUCAACCGUUUGGAUCUUCCACCUUACCCCUCAUAUUCUAUGCUGUAUGAAAAGCUGCUGACAGCUGUUGAAGAAACUAGCACCUUUGGACUUGAAUGAGGGGUUCAGGCACUUCUGGUGUUUUUAUGGCUGAUGAUGUCACGUUUCCUGUCCACCAUCAUUUGAUCUUGGUUUCCCAUGUUUUUAUUUUCGAAAACAAAACAACAACAAAAAAAUCAAGAUUAACAAAAGCUGUGCAUGAAGAACUGCUGCCCUCUACGAUCUAACCUUCAUGCUUUCAUCCUCUGUUUCCAAUGGACUGCUAGUCUGUAUGCAAUAGAAAAACAACUGUCUCAAGGUUUCUGUAUAUCUCUACAUACCUCCAUUAAUAACAAUGAAAAUACAAAUGCAAGUUACACUACACUUGACCAAAUGUUAAUAAAUGUUUACUUCCACCUGCGUUGAUUAAAAAAUAAAAAAAAACCUCAUCAAACAUUCCAAGCUUUUAUAUACCCACAUCUUCUAAAAUCAAAUCGCAGCCCAUCUUCUUAAGUGUUGAAUCCAGUACUAGGAGCUGGUCAAAUAUAUCUUCAUCCAUCCUUAUUUUCCCUGUGUGUAUUUGUCCAUCUGAGAGACAUCUGUGAGGAAAACUGAAAUUUUUAUAUACGAACUCAUGAUCAGUUGCAUCAGCUGGAACUGGCACAGAUACAUGGUGCAGAUAUGACCUUCAAAAAUUAAAAAAAAACAACCUGUAAUGCAAUGCAAAAAGCAUAACAGCGAUUGUUAUGAUUGUUGCUUGCCAGUACUGGAGAGAACUUGCACUUCAGAUAUAUUGGGAGGGGCAUCUCCAUUGUAAUGUUUACCACACAAGAAGCACAAGGUUGUGCACAUUCAAGAAGGAUGUUUUAUUAUGUAGCAUAAAGGACAAGGCUCCCUUACCUUAGUAUUGUAUAUGACAAGGAAAAGGGGAAGUAAGAAGAAUGUUCUACUCUUAUGAAUACUCUUGGGUUCUGUUUACCAGAUCUCUGUUUUCUGAUGUUGAAAAUGCUCCUUUCCAAAUGAGAAGUCUAGACAAUCCCAUCCCCUGUGUCAGAAGCCAUUUAUUUUCUGUCAGGCUGGGCUAAUCUGUGGUUGGUGGGGGUUGUUUUCAGUUCUGUCUUUUUUCUUUUCUUGUUCAGUGGAAUUCUCCAUAUCCUCAAGAGUGGUUGGUUGUAGACAAAAUGUUUUCAUCUAGGGUCUGUCAGAUGAGAAGCUGCAUUGAUUGAGGGUGUUUGUCAGGGAUGAAGAGGACUGUAACUCUCUGUGCGUUAAGACUUUGUUGCACUUCCUCUUGGAGGAAGCCCAAAGGCCCUCCAGUCAUGCUGGAUACCACUAAACUAAAAAUCUAGCUCUUGUUACUGCAGACAUAACCCACUUCAGUUUGGUGUAUUUUGCAUUCCAACUCUGAAUCCAGGCAACAAAAGCAAAACAGCAGUAAGAUUGUCUUCGGAUGAAUUCUGCUGAGGCUCUUACAGUCAACCUCACUGCUCUGAUUAUGUUCUAUUUAUUAAUCUUUGCUGCCCUUGUUUUCCAAGACUAAUCUCAGAUUGAAAGUGUUUGUCUUGACUGGGAAAAGGAAAUACGAGUAUCUUCUGACACUAAAUAUGUUAAAGAAUGCGUGAAAUACGAACAGAGAGCCUUGUGAAGGUAAGUGAGAAGGUAACAUCAUGGUGUCUAGCAGCUCACAUGAAAUACUACACCCCCUUGGGGGCUUGUUACUGGUAGCUUUGUGUUAACUAUGCUUCAGCAAAUUGUAAAAUAAGGAGAUUAGUGUAAGGUCUAACACAUCUAAGUUUUCUCUCCAGAGAAAAAGAUUGGACGCUGCUUUCUUGCAUAGUUUUAUGGUGGCUGUACAGAAUCUCAUCUCACUUGAAAAACUGCAUCUGAGAGUUUUAGAUCAUUCUCCUGCUUUUAUUCUUAGAACAAUAGGUAUUUGAAAGGCAAUGGACCCAAAAACGUUUCUAAGCAGAAAUAAUAGCUUUUGUCAAUGAUACAUUAAAAAAUUAGAAUAUUUAAAUUGCCCCAUUAAUUCAAUUUCUGUGAUAUUUCAGCCACUUUUGUACUAAUUUAAUGUAUGGCUUUUACUGAGAAUCUAUUUUAUAGUAUGCUGUUACUAUUCUUAUUGAGUAAUCAUUUUACAGUUGCAGAGGGAGGCUGCAGCUACAGGCAAGCUUCACUGUACCACACACCAAAAAUGAUGUUUAGUAUUUCCAUAAAUGAGCUCUCAGGCAUCUAUUUCACAUGACCAGCCCAACUGCUCAGGAGAGGUGGAAAACUUAGCGUUUUUCUGAGAGCAUCUGUCAUAUGCACAUAAAUUUCAUCAGAAUAAGUGACACCAGGAAAGACUGAACGUGAAAUCUUCCAAUUUCUGCUUCUUCACCUCUGAGCCUCAAAAUCCAGUGAUUCCUGUAUGGUUCUUAAUUUAUUUCUGGUGAUGUGUUAUAGUUACCUGCACUAUGUCAAAUGUUGGAUGUCUUCCAACAUUAGAAGAAAAGAAAGAGAAACAUCCAGGUGGUUGGUCCAUGUUUGGCCAGAGAAAAUCAAAAGCUGUCUCAUUAACAUAGUAAAAAAGUAAAAAAAAAAAAAAAAAAAUCCAAUCUUUACAAUGCUGUAUAGUUGAAUUUUUUUAAGUAUUUUAAAACUAUAUUUUAUUAAGAAAAAGUGAAACUAUUUUUUGUAGCAUAAUAAAAGAUAUUUGUAUUUCAGAGACAGCAUCAAACCCCAUUGGUUGAAAUAUGGAAAGCUUUCUCCUAAAAUUCUUCUUCACAACGUGUUCUGACACUUACUAGAUUAUGUAAAAUAGAUUAUGUUUGGCAGAUGCCAUCUCGAGCACUUUGUAUUCCUGCUCUGAGAAACAUACAGCACAGCCAGCUACUUCCCAUCAAAAUCCUUGAUCCAAGCUGUUUUUCAAGCCCACAGCCUAAUAUUUUUAAAAGGUUGCUUUCUAAGUUGACGAGGUCAUGCAGACUUCUUCGCAAGUUUUUUGGAUCUAAAGCCAGGAACAGAGACAAUUGGCUGUUUUCAUAAAACAAAGAAAAUUACAUACUUGGCUGUUCUGGUAUUCUACCAUUCCAGUCCUAUCCCUCUCUCUUCCCAAAUGCCCUACCCCAACGGGUUUUCAAACUCUAGGAUAUCCAGGUCGAUGCUUCUCCUUUCAUUGCAUCAUACCACGGGCAGAAUCCAGUCCCAGCCUGGAGUAAGGGGAAGCCAUGCAUCUAAGUGGCAUCGUGAUGUUGGAGUGAGGCAGUGAAUGGUGCUAACAGGAGAGAGGGUGGAACCUAUCUCCCUUAGCCUGUUAUCUAACCUGCCCAUUAAGCAAUGAAUUGACAUUGUUGUUGUUAUACAUAUGCAAGACAUAUACCCUUCCUUGUUCAUCUUUUGAUUCAAAUGCUGUUACUCACUCCCCAAGUGUUUUCAUUUGUUAAACACCGACUGUUGAUUACAGAAAUUCUGGUUUCAUUGUUUCCCCACGGGAAAGACUAGAAGAUAUUCCAUAGGGCAGAUUUACAGUGAAAUAAUCUUUUGAGCUCUUUAAACCUCAGUUCCCUUGAAACAUGGUGGUGACUAGAUAUCGUGGUGGCUAGAUUAAGGUACGACAUCAACAUCAAUAGAUUUUUAAAAUGCAAAUGAAAAAUGAAAGAGGCAAUCUGACGGCUUUUGUGAAUUCUAGUUUUUGAUGGGAGCAAUGAAUAUUGACAACUUGUAUGUUUUCAGAGGGUCUAUAUGUUUCUCAGUGGUUGUCAUGAUAGUAUUAAUGGUAGAGGGAGGGAAGGGGAUAUUUCUUUUUAUUAAAAUCCUGUUGCCCUACAUUGAUCUGAAGAUAAGAGAAUGAAAACAGGUAUUUUAGAUCACCAGUAGGUCUUCCACCUUGAAGUAGUCUCACUGACUGUUCAAACACAUCAGCUAUGCAGGAUUUGAUCCAGUAAAAACAAGUGUUAUUGUUAACAGCAUUACCAAAUGCUGUCAAUUCGGUCUGCAUUGCAUUACAUGAGCUUUCAGUUUCAGUCAUGUGGCUGUGCGUAUUCAAAACUUGACUUUUGUGUUCCAGGGAGACCCAUGGCUAUCACAAGGAAAGAAGUGAGUGGUCCAAACUACAUCUAACACCUAAUGGCGAAAUCAUGAGUUUUGUACAAAUCUGACACAGGGGACUUUUUUCACCCAGUUUGCUCAAGUGCCAGUGAACUUUUCAAUGGACUGUAGCUGAGGUUUAAGUUCAUAGUCUAGUCUGAGAGACAGCCUGUGGGGAGGGGGGUGUUUGUUGGGUUUGUGUUUUGUUAUUCUAGUUUCACUGUAACAAAGAGUUGACAUACCUCUAGUUGGAAACAAUUUGAACAUGAAAAUCGAAUCUGAAAUAAGCUAAAAUAUAAACGCACAGGGGACGAGUUAAACUCGUCCUUCACAAUUAAUCCUGUGACAGUCUAUGGAAUUUCAGAAGGACAAAUUUGACUGGAGAUUUUUUUAAUUUCUGUUGAAAUAAUAUUUGCCCUGUCUCUGUAGUAAUAUUAAUAGGGCUUCCCAGUCAAGAUUAAACACUUUCAGUCCAGUGCAGACCAAGAGAUCUUUCUACAACAAAUGCGGUGCUUUUUUAUUAUUCUUGCUGUACCUCAGUGUUCACUAUUGAAAGAUAAAAUUACUGCAAUAUACUAAAUCUGGGAUAGGUUUUCCAGUUAUCACAAGGUCCAAAAGACUGGAUUGUUACCUUCUCUCUAGUGAGUCAUGUAGGUCCUUUGUUCUAGUAGAAAAACAGAUGCCUGUAGAUAGUAGUUACUAGGUAUAGUAAAUAUUGUACCAUUAACCAAAACCCUGCAGCUUCCACUUUAUCUAACAAAUGUCUGUUAUGGUUUUUGUUAGAGACUACAUAAAGUCAAUGGCAGGAAAGGUCCUCAUUACUGGACUGAUUUUGCUUAUAUUGACAGAAAAAUGUCACAUGAUACUCAGGCUGUGCUUUCUAUUCAACCAUAUCACUAUAGAGGAAUGUCAAUAAAAUUACUUUGUUAUGGCA